AUGGGGGCUGCAGGUAAGCUCAGUCCUAUCGCCACUAUCCCCAUUGCCGAUCUGGUCCUCUUUGGCGCGGCAUGCAGCCUCAUUUUCUUCCUCAUCUUCCUCGCACUCAUCUUCUCCAUCAUCGGCUGGGUAAUCUAUACACAAGUCUAUUCUCAAAGACAAGGCUUACCCGCGCCAUCCCUCCGAUCCUGGAAGACAUACGUCCCAUUCGUCAAGACGCACGGAUCCUCCAACUAUCCUGCUCCGCGCCACGCAUCACCGCUCGAAUGGAUCCGCGACCAGUUCUCCCGCUUGACCAACCGACGCACUGCGCGCGGCGCAUACGAGGAGGCCGGCGGAGACACUGGCUAUGGCGGCGGACGGAGGGGCCGAGGAGGUGUCGAAGACGAUGCCUGGGAUACCCGGGUCGGUGGCGACGAUCCAUAUGCAUCAGGACCAGGCGGAUACGGCGGCUAUGAAGAGCAAGAGCUUGGGUUGGCAUCAACGCCGGGCCUUCACCAUGGCGGCUCCGGUGGAGACUACCUGGGCACAGCAGGGCGCGGAGAGUACGGCUAUGAGGAAGCAGCCGACAACAAUCGACGAGGCCGGUCCCGGGAUCAACUUGACCAGGAUCCUUUCGGUGAUCAGAAUGAAGAGCCUAGCUUGAGGAGUGUCAGCCCGCGACCCGAGACCGAUUUGCCCAAAGGUCACACGAAGGGUAGUCAGAGUCUUGAUACCCAGGGCAGCGGAGAUGGGGGCUCCAGUCCGACAAGUACGAGAAAGAGUGUGUUCCGGGAAGGAAUCUAA